CCUUCACACCUACUAUGGCUUCUCCUAGAUAAGGCUUUUCUCCUGCCUGCUGCCCUGAAAUCGAUUCAUAGGGCUAUUUUUCUACAAUAAGCCAUAACCAGGGGCUCCAAAACCAGAUUUUAUACAUUGGACAGCUUUGUAGCAAUUGAUCACGGUCUAAAUAUAUUAAUGGAUUCCUUGACAUUGCUCGUCUGACUAUGGGGGACAUUUCAUAUUCAAACUGUAACUGUCAGUGACCAAUAGUUUACAAAAGGAUGUACAUAUUUUCAAAGGCAAUGCUGGAAUCAGGAGGUGGAAUGGUAUGCUAAAGUGGGAUGAACAGUUUUAAUUGAAAAACAACUUUUUGCAGUACUGUUGAAACAAAGUGGGAUAAUUUUCCCCCAAAUGGGGAUGUAUUCACUAAUGUGAGCAGUUUCUAGCAUGGGCUCUGGUUGACUGAAAGAGGAUCAGAGAGCCCAGUGGGCACUAAUGACAUCCACAAAGCCUGCUGUCACAAAGAGGAGCAGUGAUGCGGCACUGGCUAUAAAAGCAGCUGCCUUGAAGACCCCAGAUCAGAAGAGAGAGAGAGAGAGAGCCGACCACACACCAUCUCAACCAGGUACUAUGGAAGGCAAACGACAGAAUGCGGCUCGCUCCUCACGAGGAAAACUUCACUUCCCAGUUAACAAAGUAGACCGCCUACUUCGAGAAAGGAACACCUCCAAAUGCCCUAACUCCACUGCACCGGUUUUUCUUGCCGGUGUUCUUGAAUAUUUGACCUCAAAUAUUCUUGACCUGGCUGGCAAGGAGGCCCACAACAGUGGCAGUAAGCUUAUUAGCCCUGAGCAUGUGACCAUGGCCAUUCGAAAGAAUGAAGGAUUCCAUCAACUCCUAAAAGAUAACAAGUGGUUGGCUGGUGAGAUACCAGGACCCAGUGGGACAUCAGCACUUAAUAAAAGAUCUGCGCUCAAGAGACCAACACCUGAUGAGACAACAGAACCUGAUGAGACACCAGCACCCAAUGGGACACCAGCACCUGAUAAGAAGUGA